AUGGACACUGACCCUUUUUUUAAAACAAAAGCCAUCACCUUGGCCCAAUUUAAGCUAAUGAGAAUAGUUGGUAGAGGCGCUUUUGGAAAGGUCAGAAUAGUUGAACAUAAAGAGUCGCAUCAACUAUAUGCUUUGAAAUAUAUCAACAAGGAAGAAUGUAUCAAAAUGGACGCUGUGCGUAAUAUUAUUCGAGAAAGAGUUAUUUUAGAGCAACUGGAUCAUCCUUUCCUAUGUCGACUUCGAUUUGCUUUUCAAGAUAACGAAUACAUGUACAUGGCUACUGACUUAAUGCUUGGAGGAGAUCUACACUUUCAUUUAAACAGACAUUCAUCUUACUUUUCUGAAGAUAUUAUUCGCUUCUGGUUUGCCGAACUGGCGUCGGCUGUUAAAUAUCUUCAUUCAAAAGGAGUUGUACACAGGGACAUAAAACCCCACAACAUAUUGAUGGAUGAUAAGGGCCAUGUACACUUAGCUGAUUUCAAUAUAGCAACACAUCUGCACCCAAAUAGACUCUUAACCUCCAACUCAGGGACAGGAUACUAUAUGGCACCGGAAGUUUAUAAAGGUGGAGGUUAUGAUGAAGCAGUUGAUUGGUGGAGCUUUGGUAUAACACUUUAUGAAUGUGUAUACAGAAAGAGACCAUUUGAAUACGAUACAACUGAAGAGCUUCAAGCGGCAAUACGCAGAGGUUAUGUCAAUUACCCAACAAAGGAUCGACAAAUAUCUGGAGAAUGUCUUUCAGUCAUACAAGGAUUUUUGGAGAUAAAUCCGCAUAAACGACUAGGUUACGGCGACACAGGAUGGAUCACUUUGGUCCGUCACCCAUUCUUUCGGUCGAUCAACUGGAGUAAACUAGAAACAAAAUCAUUGACACCGCCUUUCCAACCAUCAACGGAGAACAACUUUGAUAUUACCUAUGACCUUGAGGAGUUAUUUUUAGAUGGAUCACCGCGAUCAGCUUACAAUGCAGCCAAAAAGACUCCGAAAAAGGAGGCAAAUGAGUCAAUGACAGCUAAAAGAGAACGCGAUUUGAAGAUGAUUGAAGAGAAAUUUAAGCAUUUUGAUUUUACAAUCUUUGAAAAAUAUGAAGGAUUCAAGGAUCCAGUAACCAUGACAGUAGGCGAUCCACCAGAUUGGGUAAAGCCGGCGUUUGAAGGAGCUGAGCAGGGAGACAUUCUGCCGAUCAAGAGAAUCACCAUUGAAAGCGAACAAGAAAACAUUGAUACCUGGCGUGGACCUAACAAGUCUGCAUCAACGAGCAACAUAACACAAAUCAAAUAUGACCAAGAGUCCACCUGGAAAAAAAGAAGUAGUCUGGGUGCGAUCAAGAAAUAUAAUAAUGGCAGCAAUCAUAGCUUGGUUAUUAGUCAUAACAAUGGAUCGUCAACUAGUCUCAGUGAAGAAUACGCGUUAUCACUGCAAAGGAUUAGGAAAAAGCAAAGUACAAAGAGCUUUCAGGAACGUCGAGAGAGAGAUAGGAAAAGCAUAACCAGCAGCAGCAAUAUUCCAUCAUAA